GCUCAAAAUUUCAAAAACAGCGACCGCAUUAGCAGACCAACCUAGACAUAUAAAGGACCGUAGAAGGUGUGCGAUUUUCGGGAACUCCCUAGGAUUAUCGCCAGGUCGAGGUUCAGUUAAUAUAAUUUCGUCAAUCAUGACGUUGCGCCCCGUGCUCUGCCGCUUAACCAGCAGGACACCAACCGCCCGCUUUCUCUCCACUACCGCAUGCUACGCAAGUUCCCUGCGAGUUCCUCUAGACAUUCCUCCACCAUUUCCAGUGACUAAAUCCUGCCCGGAGCCCAGUUGCUCAUGCCCUACAACACCGUCGAUGCCCGAUGGGCUCCCGAUUGAUUAUAACCAGCCGCUGAAUGGGACAAUGGCAGCCUACGCGCAGCAAAUCCUCAUCUGCACCGGGCAAAGAGAUUGGACAAGUCGUAUCGAAGAUGACGGGAAACAUCAUGCCUGGGGGCACCUAGUGAGAGGGUUGAAGCGUCUCUUGGGUCGUGGAGGACGCUAUGCUGACCCUUUCAACAACAUCCUUGUUAGCAACUCUUCCUUCUCUCCAUCCGGUGCUUCUACUAGUACCCCUUCCACCGCGUCUGCAUUUCUCUUUCCCAGCUUCAAAUAUUUUUCAUCCAUUCCGACCGAGAUACUAGACUCCACGGACGCAGGGACCGACUUGUCUACCUUUGUACAAGCCUUCCUUCUCCCAAAAAAGCUCAGUGCCAUGUCCGAAUCUCUUCCUGAGGCUAGAAAGGCUGAGUUAACUCGGAAGCUGGAGCUAGAAUCCGAAUUUACGGAUGCUGUGGAUCUAUGCCACUCUCCUGUUAUCCUUAUCUGCGGCCACGGUGGGCGUGACAUGCGGUGCGGUGUAAUGGCGCCGGUGCUGGAGAACGAAUUUCGGAGGGUACUUGGUGAUAAAGGGUUCACACUGGCGGGCAAUGAUGAUCACACAAUUGAUAGCCCUGGGCAUGCUCACGUGGGCUUGAUAAGCCAUGUAGGUGGCCACAAGUAUGCAGGCAAUGUGAUCGUAUACAUCCCUCCGGGUAUAACGAUGAAGGGUUCUUCCUCCCCGCAUCCUCUGGCUGGCAAGGGAAUUUGGUACGGCCGUAUAGAACCUAGGCAUGUGCAGGGAGUUGUGGAAGAGACUAUCCUGAGGGGAAAAGUGGUGGCAGACCAUUUUCGGGGUGGUAUUGAUCGAAGUGGGGAUAUUCUGCGAUUGUAGUGCCUUCCCCCGCUCCCUGGGCAUUGAGUCUGGGCAUCUCAUUGUAUUAUACUCGCCACGGUGUAUCAACUUUAUCUAAUUUCAACACAGUCCAACGUUACUAUCAAAUAUUUCAGGCAGCUACGUCAUUAG